GGUAUUGACUCAUAAAGACUCAACGACCAACUACAGCCUUCCUCGAUUCUGCUCUCGGGUCUCGAGCCUUGCCUUUCCUAAUAAGGGAGGCGAUUUAAGCUUUUGUUCCAAGAAAGGAGAGUGAGAGCCAGAGACCCAGAUUUGAAAAACCCACCUCCACAGCCAGCAAUGGGGUUCUUCUCUUUUCUCGGCAGAGUCCUCUUCGCUUCCCUCUUCAUCCUCUCCGCUUGGCAAAUGUUCAAUGAAUUUGGAGAGGAUGGUGGCCCUGCUGCAAAGGAGUUGAUACCCAAGCUUGCUAUUGUCAAAGGACACCUUUUGUCCAAAUUGGGAGUUCGGUUGCCAGAUAUUGAUCCUAUAAGUAUUGUUGCUGGCAUUAUUGUCCUAAAGGGUCUCGGAGGUUUUCUCUUUGUAUUUGGCACCCCAUUUGGUGCUUAUCUCCUGCUUCUCCACUUGGCCAUUACCUCUCCAAUCCUUUAUGACUUCUAUAAUUAUGGUCAGAAUAAGCCUGAGUACUUCAUUCUCUUGAAUGAAUUCUUGCAGAGUGUUGCACUUUUUGGUGCAUUGCUUUUCUUCAUAGGGAUGAAAAACUUGAUUCCAAAGAGACAAAUCAAGAAGAGGGCCCCCAAGGCAAAAGUGGGUUAAGGGUGUGAAGAAGCAACUUUGAAGAAUGAAUUGUCAUAGCAGGUUCUGAAAUUUUACUGGGUGUCGACUGGCUGCACAUGUUGAUAUUUAUAGAUGUUGUUGAAGCUAUUUAUGCGACAACCAAAUUUGUAGUUCUUUGUUCUUGGGGUUGUUAAGACUGAUAGUCCUUAUAUUAUCAUUUCACAGCCUGAAUGAGCACAGUAUACGUUUCAUUUUGUCUUAGUAGAAUUUCUUUUUGAGCAAGAAUUUUAUGAUUUUCAUGAA